AUGAGCGAAGAAAACUACCGCAAUCACAUGAUCAAUGUAUCAGCGCCGAUGACCAAGGACCUCAUGGUCAAGCAUGGUAUCCGAAGGUGGACACAGAUCCACAAUCAGACCGUGACCAGAGCUCAUAUGUCACGUCUUUUCGACCCACAAAUGACCCAGCUGGCCGGUUUUGAUUGCUUCAGUCAAGUCGUAUUCGAGAGCAUCGAGGACUACGUUCGCUUGAAGCAAGACCCAGUGUAUAAGGAGCGCCUUAUGGGCGAUCAUGAGAAAUUUGCCGAUACAAAGCGAAGCAUGAUGACCAUUGGGUGGGUAGAGGAAUUUGUUCGCGAUGGGAAGGAGGUAGACAGUUUCUAGAUA